AUGGUGACGUCAGAACAAGUUCUUUGUCAUUAUGACCCAAACAAGCCAGUCAAGCUAGCCUGCGAUGCUUCUCCGUAUGGAAUUGGUAGUGUUCUUUCCCAUGUAAUGGAUGAUGGAACUGAACGACCAAUAGCAUUUGCUUCCAGAUCACUUAACAAGGCUGAAAAAGCAUACUCUCAAAUUGACAAGGAAUCCUUAGCUUUGUAUUGGGGAGUAGUUAAAUUUCAUACUUACCUGUAUGGACGUCGUUUCACAUUAGUCACAGACCACAAGCCGUUGGUUAGCAUCCUGAACCCUAGUGCCGGAAUACCUGCCAUGACAGCUGCACGACUGCAGAGGUAUGCGCUAUAUCUGGCUGGACAUACUUACGACAUAGAAUACAGAAACACCAAAUCUCAUUGUAAUGCUGAUGGACUUAGCAGACUACCACUUUCAGUGACAGCAUCAGAUUAUGAAGACACAGCAACAGUAUUUUACAAUACUCAAAUGGAUCAACUACCUGUUACUAGUGCACAAGUCAAGCUUGGAACUCAAAGAGAUAAUGUCUUAUCACAUGUAUUGGACUGUGUUUCCAAGGGACACAAUGACUUACCUGCAGAUGACGAGAGAUUUCGUCUUUACAGUUACAGAUUUAAGGAACUUACCUGUCACCAGAAUUGCUUGAUGUGGGGAAAUCGUGUUGUUGUACCAGAAAAACUAAGAGACAGAGUUUUACAAGAUUUACAUGAGGGUCACAUUGGGAUCGUCAAAAUGAAGUCUAUCGCAAGAUCAUAUGUGUGGUGGCCUAAAAUUGAUCAAGAUAUCGAAAACUUGUGUUCCGGUUGCGGUGGUUGCCAGCAACAUAGCAACAUGCCAAAAGCUGCUCCAGUGCAUCCCUGGGAUUGGCCGAAGGAACCCUGGGACCGCCUACACAUAGACUUUGCCGGGCCAUUCAUGAACUCUAUGUUCUUACUCAUCGUAGAUGCACAUUCUAAAUGGCUGGAGAUCUUUCCAAUGAAAUCAACAACAGCAACACUUACCAUUGAGAAAUUGAGAAUUUUAUUUUCACAACUUGGACUUCCGAAGGUGAUAGUGUCAGAUAACGGACCCCAGUUCAUUUCGGAGGAAUUUCAGUUAUUUCUUGCACAAAACGGCAUCAAGCAUAUUACCUCUGCGCCGUAUCACCCUCGUACGAAUGGGCAAGCAGAGCGACUUGUUCAAGUAUUCAAACAGGCAAUGAAGAGCGCUAAGGGAGACCAAACAUCAAUGCAACAAAAGCUGAGCACAUUUUUAUUCAAAUACCGUACUACACCACAUUCGUUAACGAACGAAUCACCUGCAAAGCUGCUGUUGGGAAGAAACUUGCGAACAAGGUUGGACAUCAUUAAACCAAACUUAAAUGAUACGGUAUUGUCAGGACAAGACCAGAUGAAACUUUCCAUACGCUCUAAUGUUAGAGAAUUUAAGGAAGGAGAGAAGGUUAUGGCCAGAGAUUACAGGAAGGCAGAACGCAGUUGGAUACCUGGUGAGAUACACUCACGUACCGGACCGCUUUCUUACACAGUUGACACAGGACUUGGCACUCUAUGGCGACGUCAUGCUGAUCAGCUUCGUAGUGGAACUAGCGACACCAAUUCGGAACCAAAUAUUGAAAUUCCGGAUGUCAGACCGACCGUUCCUACAACAAUGCGUACUCCGAAAGGAAAAGAUGCGAUUUCACAAGCUGUCUCGAAAACUCCUGUAGUGUCCAAGGAACCGUCCGUGACAGAGCCGACUCCAAAUGUUAGACGCUAUCCGCAAAGAGAGAGACGAGCUCCAAAGAAACUGAAUUUGUGA